AAAAACAAUCCUCUCAAAUUCUCCGUUGCUUCUUCUGCUUAAUCACACCCCUCCGAGAUUUCUGCCCCAAGAAAAUCCCCAAAUUCUUCGCGAAUCCCUAUAUUCUCGUUCCCAUGGAUGACCACAACGACGACGCCUUGCUCCGCGCUCCUAAUCUCCAUUGUUACUCGGAGAAGUUCGCCUUCCGCUCCGAUUCCGACGAGGAAUCCGGGGACGGUAGCCGGAAUUUCAGCUUUGAUGAUGCCUCGCUGAAUUACCAAAAAGCCCCUAAAAUCUUUGACAGGUUCUACAACUCGUCCUCGUCGGAUGAAGAAGCAGAUGAAGUCGGCAGCUCUUCCAAUUACCAGCGGCGGCUCGAUUAUAUGCUCCAGUUCCUUGACCGGAAGUUGUCCAGUUCUUCGUCCCCUGACCAGCCGCUGCCGGAAUUCUCUGGUUCGGGAGGUGGGACUGGGAUUUUUAAACCUCCGGAUCGGUCUCCGGUUCACCUGAACCGGCCACCGAGCCUUGAGAUAAGGCCGCACCCUUUGAGAGAAACUCAAUUCGGGCGGUUCCUUAGGAGGAUUGCUUGUGUAUAUGAUGGUAAUGGGCCGCAGUUGUGGGCUGGGUCCGAGUGUGGAGUCAGAGUGUGGGAUUUGAAGAAUGAUAUUUAUGGUGGGGUGGAGGAGGGGGAAGAGGAGGGGACGGUGAGGUAUUGGGAGUCGGUACCGGUGGGAGCUGCUGCCUUGUGUCUGGUGGGGGAUGGAGGGAAUAGAGUGGUGUGGAGUGGACAUAGGGAUGGGAGGAUUGUUUGUUGGAAGAUGUUGGAUUUUUUAAGUGAAAAAGUGAAUGGGGGAGGUAAUGGUGGUGCAAGGAAUGGGUUUCAGGAGGUGUUCUCUUGGCAGGCACAUAGAGGGCCGGUGCUAUCCAUGGUUGUCGGUUCUUAUGGGGACAUAUGGUCUGGGUCUGAGGGUGGUGCAAUGAAGAUCUGGCCUUGGGAAGCUGUUGAGAGAUCACUUUCUCUAACCGCUGGUGAAAGACACAUGGCUUCUUUAUUGGUAGAGAGAUCAUACAUUGACCUGAGGGGUCAAGUUACACAGAAUGGCACCUGCAAUAACAUAUUUACUUCGGAUGUCAAGUAUAUGUUAUCGGAUCAUGCUGGGGCAAAGGUGUGGACUGCCAGUUAUCAGUCAUUUGCUUUAUGGGAUGCUCGAACCAAAGAUUUACUGAAAGUGUUUAACAUUGAUGGUCAGAUUGAGAACAUGGCCCUUGAUUCUUUGGUGGAGGAUGAGGUUAGGAUGAAGUUUGUAUCUGGUUCAAAGGAAAAAGCACAAAAUUCUUUUAAUUUCUUUCAGCGUUCCCGUAAUGCAAUAUUGGGAGCAGCAGAUGCUGUUCUUCGGGCCGCAGCAAAAGGAACUUUUGGAGACGAUAAUAGGCGAACCGAAGCAUUGCUCGCAACAGCUAACGGAAUGAUUUGGACUGGAUGUGCAAAUGGGUUACUUGUACAAUGGGAUGGGAACGGCAACCGCUUGCAGGAUUUUCAGUACCAUUCUUUUGCUGUUCAAAGCCUCUGUACUAUUGGUUCUCGAAUAUGGGUAGGUUACAUAAGUGGCACUGUGCAGGUUUUGGAUCUCAAUGGCAAUUUGCUUGGACAAUGGGUGGCUCACAAUAGCCCAGUGAUAGAUUUGGCUGUUGGGGCUGGUUUUGUUUUCACCUUGGCUAAUCAUGGUGGUAUUCGUGGAUGGAGCAUUACCUCUCCUGGACCACUCGACAACAUAUUCCGUUCGGAGUUGGCAGGGAAGGAAUUUUUAUACACAAGGCUAGAGAAUUUGAAAAUUUUGGCUGGUACAUGGAAUGUUGGACAAGGAAGAGCAGCUCCUGAUUCCCUUAUAUCGUGGUUGGGCUCGGCUGCUGCGGACAUUGAUAUUAUUGUUGUUGGGUUGCAAGAGGUGGAAAUGGGUGCUGGUUUUCUCGCAAUGUCUGCUGCUAAAGAAACAAUGGGUCUUGAGGGUAGUUCUGCAGGACAAUGGUGGCUGGAUAUAAUUGGAAGAACAUUGGACGAGGGAUCUAGCUUUUCACGUGUUGGCUCCAGGCAGUUGGCAGGCUUGCUUAUCUCUGCAUGGGUUAGGAACAACAUCCGAGGUCAUGUUGGGGAUGUUGAUGUUGCUGCAGUUCCUUGUGGUUUGGGCCGAGCAAUUGGAAAUAAGGGAGCAGUUGGGCUGAGGAUGAGAGUGUAUGGUCGAGUGAUGUGCUUUGUGAAUUGUCAUUUUGCUGCACAUUUAGAAGCUGUCAAUCGCCGGAAUGCUGAUUUUGAUCAUGUAUAUCGAACAAUGAUUUUUAGUCGGCCCUCCAAUAUUCUAAACGGUGCAGCUGCCGGCGUCUCAUCUGCAGUUCAAAUGCUUCGAAGUACGAGUGCUAUAGGUCUUAACCCUGCAGAAGGGGUGCCAGAGCUUUCUGAGGCAGACAUGGUCGUAUUUCUGGGGGACUUUAACUAUCGACUUGACGGCAUAUCUUAUGAUGAAGCGAGGGAUUUUGUUUCUCAAAGAUGCUUUGACUGGCUUAGGGAGAGGGAUCAGUUGCGAGCAGAAAUGAAAGCUGGAAAUGUCUUCCAAGGAAUGCGGGAAGCUGUUAUUAGGUUUCCUCCAACGUACAAGUUCGAAAAGCACCAACCUGGUUUGGCAGGUUAUGAUUCUGGAGAGAAGAAACGGAUUCCUGCUUGGUGUGACAGAAUUUUGUAUCGUGAUAGCCGAACAGCUUCAGUGUCGACCUGCAGCUUAGACUGCCCUGUAGUCUCGUCAAUAUUGCAGUAUGAAGCAUGCAUGGAUGUAACUGAUAGCGAUCACAAGCCUGUCCGAUGCAUUUUCAGUGUGGAGGUAGCUCGAGUUGACGAGUCAGUGAGAAGACAAGAGUUUGGAGAAAUCAUCAGAUCAAAUGAGAAAAUCAAGCGUUUGCUUGAAGAACUAACCAAAGUUCCAGAAGCCAUUGUCAGUACAAAUAACAUAAUCCUUCAGAACCAGGAUACAUCCAUAUUGAGGAUCACGAACAAAUGCAAGAAAGAUAGAGCUAUAUAUGAAAUAAUUUGUGAAGGUCUAUCUACCAUUAAGGAGGAUGGACAAGCUUCUGACCAUUGCCCAAGAGGUGGUUUUGGCUUCCCCCGGUGGCUUGAGGUCAAUCCAGCUGCUGGAAUUAUUGAACCUGAUCAUAUUGCCGAAAUAUCAAUCAGCCAUGAGGAAUACCAAACAUUAGAAGAGUUUGUUGACGGCGUGCCACAAAACUUUUGGUGUGAAGAUGCCAGGGACAAGGAAGUUAUGCUAGUAGUAAAAGUGCAUGGGAGCUGCUCAACUGAGGCCAAAUGUCACCGUAUACGCGUGCGCUAUAGCAUUACAGGCAAGCUUACAUCUAUGAAUCGCAAAGGCAACAACAAUCCCUACCCCGCCCCAGCAAAUCUCCUUCACCGCUCUGAUUUUCAGCGGCUGAGUGGUUCAUGUGAUGUGGUUGACCACUUGAGAAAUCUACAUAGUCCUUGAUGCCGCACAUUUGAAUCUCACUGUACAGUUCUGUUGCCUGAGAAGUUUCUUGUCAUUUACUUAAUGACCUCAUCUUAUACACAUCCAACGGUUGAUAGACACCAUUCCGCACCACUUUGAAUCAUUUGUGUUAGUUGACUUGAGUUUUCAUUUCAGAGGAACAUGAUAUGGUCUAAUGCAGCGGGAGCAAUCCGGCUGAGAGUGCCAUUAUGAAGCAGGAACCUGCUGUGAACAAACUGAAAAAAUUGUUGUAGAUUUUGAUGUUAUUGUAAAGUUGUAUGGUAUUUAUCAACAAGACAGAGACAGGGAAGAGAAAUUGUUUUAGUUUUCUCUAUCCUUGUGUUUGGUUUCAGUUCUCUCUCCAACAAAUGCAUGUUGGCUUUAUAUUCUCUCAAAUUUUGUAUUGAACUGUACAUUUUUAUCUGUUUUUGAGUGAAUGUAGAAAGGUAAAACUAAAAGAAAUUACUUGAGAA